CACUCUGGUCAUCGCCUGGGAACAAAAUGCAGCCACCACGCCGCCGUUUCGGCCACCACCAUCUCCUCCUCCUGGUUCUGCUGCUGCCCUCUCCGCCCCUGACCCGCGCCCCAGCGCCCCCGGGCCCUGCUGCCGCCCUACUCCAGGCUCUUGGGCUGCGCGAUGGACCCAGGGGAGCCCCCACGCUCCGGCCGGUUCCUCCGGUCAUGUGGCGCCUGUUCCGCCACCGCGACCCCCAGGAGACCAGGGCGGGCUGGCGACGGACGCCCUCGGGGGCUACCCUGCGACCGUGCCACGUGGAGGAGCUGGGGGUCGCUGGAAACAUCGUGCGCCACAUCCCAGAUCGUGGUGCACCCACCCGGAUCCCAGAGCCGGUCUCGGCCUUAGGGCUGUGCCCUGAGUGGACCGUCGUCUUCGACCUGUCGGCAGUGGAACCCGCCGAGCGCCCAACGCUCGCCCGCCUGGAGUUGCGCUUCACGGAGGUGGGGACAGAGGCGGCAGCCCCCUCGGGCCGCUGGGAGCUGAGCGUGGCGCUGGCGGGCGAGGAGGCUGGCGCGGGCCCCGGGCCGGUUCUGCUCCACCAGGACGUGCCCGCCCUAGAGCUGCCAGUGCGCGCCGAGCUGCUGGGCAUCGCCUGGGCUCCCAACGCCUCGGCGCCGCGCAGCCUCCGCCUGGCGCUGGCGCUGCGCCCCCCGGCGCCAGCCACUUGCGCGCGCCUGGCAGAGGCCUCCCUGCUGCUGGUGACUCUUGACCCGCGCCUGUGCCACCCUCUGGCCCGGCCGCGGCGCGAGGCCGAACCCACGUCGGGCGAUGGCCUGGGGGGCGUGUGCCGCGCACGGCGGCUCUACGUCAGCUUCCGAGAGGUGGGCUGGCACCGCUGGGUCAUCGCGCCGCGUGGCUUCCUGGCCAACUACUGUCAGGGCCAGUGCACUCUACCCGCCGCACUGCCGGGACCCGGCGGGCCACCCGCGUUGAACCAUGCGGUGCUGCGCGCGCUCAUGCACGCAGCCGCCCCGGGCGCCGCUGGCCUGCCCUGCUGCGUGCCUGCACGCCUGUCGCCCAUCUCUGUGCUCUUCUUUGACAACAGUGACAACGUGGUUCUACGGCACUAUGAAGACAUGGUGGUGGACGAGUGUGGAUGUCGCUGACCAGGGGCGGGCAGGGAAGUUGUGGCAUGGACCCAACAAUAAAAACCUGGUGGUCUGC